CGUUUAGUCAGUGAGUUAUGCCUGUGGCUGUUCAAUAAGCGUGUACCGUUUUGGAAACCAUUGCAUGUUAAAACCGUGACACGUCCAGUUAGCAGGCUGUAGAGCUAGCAAGCUAACUAGCUACUUUUAUUCCUAGUAACACUGCUAGGAAAUGGAGCUACUGCUCAGCAAAACAUUGCCCAUAGAUGCAUGUGCCUCGGCAGAAAAUCCCCAGUUUAAUUAAUCAUUGCGGAUGUUUUUUCCUCGGAGUGGGAGACAUUUCGACGACACUGUCGUCGGAGAGUUUGACAGGAGUGAAAUAUCCCCACUACUGUACUGUACUUGGGUUUUCUCCUCCAAACCAAAGCAAGAUGGACUCUCAUUCGGCUUGUCUGUCUUGUCAGAGCCCAGAUCGACAUUUUGCACGGAGAUGAAAAUGUGUACUUAGAUGUUGGAGCACAUUAGGUCAUCGUCAUUGCAUGACAAAGGCUGUGGCAGAUUCAUCUUCAUCACUCAUACAGCAUUUCCAUAGUUUAUUCUUCAGUGCGGUAGUACCAUGAAAGGUGGAGGAAGGGGUAAGGAACCGUCUGUUGCAGGGGAGGUCACUGGCAAGCGCCCCAAACGCAAAUGCCUGCAGUGGCACCCACUUCUCUCCAAAAAGGCUCUGGAUUUUUCUGAGGAAGAAGAAGAAGAGGAUGAAGAGGAGCUGGAGAAGCAGCCAGUGCUGUGUGACCGGGACCAGGGGUCGCAGGUGCAGUGUGGAAGCACAACAGAAGAAGUGGAGGAGGACUCCAACGAACAGCGGGCUCGACGGCCAAUGAAUGCCUUCCUCCUCUUCUGCAAACGCCACCGCUCCCUGGUGCGGCAGGAGCACCCUCGUCUGGACAACCGUGGGGCCACUAAGAUCCUGGCUGACUGGUGGGCUGUGUUGGAGCCCAAGGAGAAGCAGAAAUACACUGACAUGGCUAAGGAGUACAAGGACGCCUUUAUGAAGGCUAACCCAGGCUACAAGUGGUGUCCCACCACCAGCAAACCAGUGAAGAGCCCUUCAUGUCAGCCAGUUGGCAACCCCCGCAAAAAAGUUUGGUCCUUCUCUUCCAACUCAUCCAAGGACUCGACCACUGCCAAAAAAGUGCCCAAAACUGACAGCAUGCCACAGUUAAACUUUGCCAUGGCAGAUCCUACAAAGAUGGGAGGCCUUAGCAUGCUGCUGUUAGCCGGGGAACAUGCCCUCACAAAUAGAGAGAUCCCUUCCAGCACUAAACCUAGUUUACCAGAUACAGCCAGCGAAGGGAACUCCUUUCCAGAAGAUAAGGAAGAGAUGUUGUCUGGGACAAUACUGAACAGAGUGCCUGACAUCACUGAAAGCAGGGUCACGUCUGCCCUUUCCCCACUGGCAGAGUCAUCUCUAUCUGUGGCACCUGAAGGAAAACCAUGCAGACAGUCUGCUCUCUUCCAGCUGGCUGAGAUGUGUUUAGCGUCUGAAGCUGGAAAGAUGGACACAGUCGUAUCUCAGCCAGAGGACAGCUCUUCUUCAGCCUCUCUCCAGCAAACUACAGUCAAGCCUGAGAUCAAGGAGGAGAAAACAGAAACAGACAACUGUCCUCCCUCCUCUCACACUUCAGCCCUCUUACCUUCGCUCCCCUCUGUCACUUCUACCUCCACUGAUGCCAUUCCCCCACAACUCAGCAGCCAAAAUGCACGUGUCAAAAAGAAGUGCAAGAAAAAAGAGGUGACCAAGUCAAAUGAUAAUGAUGAGAUCCCUUGUUCAGCAAAGAAGAUCAUCAAGAAGUGUGACCAUGCUGAAUCAAAUGUGGACAGUACAAUUGAGGCGGUGGCCAAAGGGGUCUGGAAGGACCCAGAGGAGAAGCUCAAGAAGAAGAUCCAGAGCAGUCCCGGUGGUGGAAACUCUGGUUUGCCUAAAAAGAAGAGCAAACCCAAAGUCAAGACCUUUGUCAAAGAAAAAGAGGAGGAGAUGGAUGAUGACAGUGGGCAGUGUGGGCAGUACAGCUCCUCUGAGGUGGAGAUGAAGGAAGAGAUGACUGAUGUUAGUCCCAAGACAGAAGCAGAAGAAACAAGUAUAGAAAGCACAGAACUUCAGGGCAGCAUGGCAGAACCCCAAAACUCCCCUGGCAGCCCUUCACCUGCUAAGCUCAAAGAGGAGGAGAAGGGGAAGGAGAGGUCGAGUGAAGCAGAGUGCAACCCAGAGAGCCGCGGCUCCAGGAAGUCAGAGAGGAGCUGUAAAGGGGCCUUGUAUAAGACCCUCGUCUCUGAGGGCAUGCUGACAUCACUGAGAGCCAAUAUCGACAGAGGUAAAAGAGGUGCUCUCCGUGCUUCUGAUCAUGAUGCAAACUGGAGUGAUGACAGCUGGACAGUUUCUCAGAUGGGACCUAAUAACCCCAAGAAGCUGAAAAAGUCAAAGUCCAAAGAUGAAUCUUCACAGGGCCUAGGGAAACUGGAGGAAGAGUUUGAAAAGAAGUUUAACAGCCUGCCACAGUAUAGCCCAAUGACAUUUGAUAAGAAGGGGACUGCUGUUGCAAAGAAGAAGAAGACGGACAGCUCCUCUGUUCAAGAGGAAGCCUCCAAAACCUGCAAAGGGCCAUCUCCAUCUCAGAAAAAGACUUCAUUCCACAAGAUUGUUAGGAAGCACAAACACAAAAAGGAGAAACCAGGUGCAGUGGAAAAAGCAGUGGGACAGAGUGAUUCCACCAUGCUGGACUCAGCUUCAAAAGCCAAAUCAUGUGCCCCCAUUGCCAUAAUGUGCCCAGAUGUCCAGGGCACCACUAGUAUGGAGAUGCUAGUUGGUAGCCAGAAGAGGAAGGCUAGGAAGACCAAGAUCACACACUUGGUGCGCACAGCUGAUGGCAGUGUGUCUCCAGCUGAGGAGGACAAAAUGAGGGACCUGAACCAGGAACAGGAGAAGAAGCCAUUACCCCAACAGAAUUUAUGCAAUGAAAAAGGGUGCUACAGUAAUCCCAGACCCGAGGAGGCAGAGAGGAGCACCGUACCGCAAGAGCUACCUGCUUUCUUCAGCCUGGCAGCCCUCGCUGAGGUAGCAGCCAUGGAAAACGCUCAUAGAGGGCAGAGAGGCCUGGCUGAGAGUCAGAAGAAAGAGCUUGCCCAGACUCCAGUCCUCAUCUCCUGCGCUGAUCAGUGAAACUCUGCUGCUGUUACGAGAAGCCACAACAUGGACACUGGCAGUGGAGCUUUACUUUCCUCAGUGGGGACCCCACUCUGAAGGGAGACUUGAUCAGGAAGCUUUGGACAGACUCCACCUUCCCCCUGUGUGGUGAAUUAUUUGCUUGAGCUCGGGUUCAUGGUGGGGGAAAGAGACCCUCUCUCCUCCUCCUCCUCCUCCUCCCUGCUCUUUGCUAUCUCAGUGUUUCCCCAGAAGCCUUCCUUUGGUUAGAGGGAGGAUGCCUUUCUGAAUUCCUCUCACCCCCCCCUUAGAUGCUCGGUUAGGGCCUGUGGAAGAACCACACUGUCCCCCAGUGCAUGGGUUCCCUUGUAGAGAUGAUUGUCAUGGGUUUCUCGUACACCAUUCUGUCAAAUAGAGGCCAUUUUUAAGGUCAAGUCUUGCAACUUAAAAAAUAGCAUUUUAGGUAGGGAAGAACCCCAACACUGCAUUCGUUUUCUAGACGAACACAGCUUUCUGUCACCUUUUUACCUCACACACACACCUACUGAAGAGUUCCCUCCACCUCUGGUAGAAUACCUCUGUAUUUGAAUAGCUCUUAUCCCUUCCACUCCUUCCAGCUUCAACCCAAAAUGACUUUAACCAGGGUAAAUGAUCAUGAUGGAUACUUCCAUUACCAACUUAUUGCUUAGUGUUUCCCUGUGGUACACUAAUGUGGUGUACUCAGACUAUGAAGAAACCAUGGUUGAGUAUUUGAUAUGUACGUUAAGAUGAUGCUACUGUUAAACAGUAUGUGGUAGCUACAAAUAAUCAUGUUAGAUUGAAUGUGUAAGAGUAGACCUGUGCAUACCUUGCAUCUGAACUAGAGUUGACUAUAGCUGAGGGUGUUUGUCUGUCCUGUUCAUCCUUUAUUAGUAGGUUCAGAGUGUCCCUGUCAGGUUUAUGAGACAGUAGGUCAGCUUAAAAACUGCUUCCUGUGAUGGGGAGGUUGCGUGAAAUUGAUUCAUAUAUAGCCUUAACCCUCCCACCCAGACCCUCUUUGCCACCACCAGCUUCUUGCUCAAUGCCAUCACAGUCCUGAAGUCAGUAAACAUUUUUGAAUAGUGAAAUGCAGUUUUUGUCAAUACUUGAUCUUAUUGCAGUUUGCGUAGCAAUUAGGUUAAUUCCUUGUGUGCAAAUUAUUUUAUUGAAUAGGUGUUUUUUUUAAAUUUGUUUAUUGCGUAAACACUGCACUAAUUCAUAGCUAAAGUGUGAGUUGCUCUUAGGAGAGUAAGGAAAUGCCUCGUCUCCAUCGGUCACAGUGUUUGUACACCAUAGCUUGUCUCGAUAGUGUCUUCAAUGUCCUCAGGACCUGGCUAAAGUCAGCCACCGGCUCCAACAUAAAGGAUCAGGAGUUUGUCAGUCUAAAUGGAUUAUUUGUUUUAUGAAAUGGCUUUAUAUAUGUCUCAUAAAAUGAGAAUUUGAAAAAAGAAAAGAUCUUGAUGAAAUUAAAUUUACUAUUUUAUCUGAUUUCAUACAGGAACAAAAUGUUUGAUUGAAUGUGUCCAAAUCAGAGCACGCGAUGCUAUGGUUCCUCUCAGAGCUAAUGGAGACAAGGCAUUUAAUUAUAUUUUCCCCAUUUAUUCCUAUCGGCCUUUUGAGAUUUUAUUGCCAAGUAAUGGUCUACUCAGAGGUCACAUGUAAUCAAUGUUUUGAUUUUUUAGAAGUAUUUAUAUUUAGUAUUCUUUUUUUUUUUAUUUUGUUUUGUUGAUGUUUGGUCAGAAUCAUUCCAUUUCCAUGCCUCUGUAUCGGCCAUACUUUUGUUUACAGUUAAUCAGCUGUAGUAGUGAGGAAAAAUAAGGAAGGAUGCAGUUGAGCUGAUUUGUUGUCUUCCCAAGAGUUGGUAGAACCUGGAAGAGCUGCCACAGGCUAAUGGAGGUUAAUUGAGAGCUACAGACUUCCCAGCAAUACCCCCCACCUCUUUACCUACCAGCCUUUUGUUCCUCUGUGUAGACCAAUACUUAAUUUAUCACAUUUUCCAUUCAGUCACGUCUAUAACUUUUAUAACUCUUUGUUUUCUAUUUGAUUGUUUUUUCUGUUAAAGUGUGUGUGUUUAUGAUGCUCUUUUAACUAAGUCCUCAUUAUGAACUUCAGUGGUUUUUCUUGAGGUCAAGUUUUCUGGAUUAAGACUGUUGUCAAAAAAAGAUCAAGCUCAUAGACGAUGAAUGCAUCUAUGCUUACCUGCUAAGCAAACAAGCACUGAGGUAAAAUGCACCGUCUGUAGAUAAUGAGCUUGUCUUUUCACCUCUGGAGGUGUGUGUGUGUCACUAUUUCUUGGAUAUGUGGUAAGAUGUGUUAAGAGUGCUUUCAGACACACAGGACAGAAAAAUAAGAAAUGAAUGGGUCUUAAAGAACUCAUGCGUCUUGAAAUAGAGUAUUUUUCCUAAAUCACGGCAUUGUUACAUGGUAAUAGUGUUUUGCUAAUGGAGGCCCUUUGUGUGCAAAAAGUGCAGUACAUGCAACAAAUCUAUGAUUCCUCUAAAUUGGUCCUUAAAAUCUAACAAACUAACUGCAAACAUUUCCCAGUUAAGCUUAAGGGAACCACAGUAUGCUUUACGAUAAUCCUGAUAAUAAACGGUAUUUAUAUAUUUUUUCAGAUAUGAGAGAAAGUUACAUAAAGGAUGAUAUCAUCCGAGCAGUAAACUGUAUAGUUCUUCCACUGGUGGACAUCAGUAUAGUUCUUUGCAAAGACAAAGAAAUUGUCUUCCCCCAAAAUAGAGAUAUAUUUGCUUAUAGCAAGUGAGUUUAUUGACAUUUGCCAAAGAAAAGGGAAAGGUAUAUUCAAAUGGAAAUCCUGUUCAAAAAAAGAAAAAAAGAA